AUGUCCUCUCCCAAAAUAACCCCGGAAGAUUUCAAAUCCUUCAUCGAUCAAAUCUUCACCGGAGACCCUGCAGAGGCACGCUCAUUCGCCGAAUCAUCCAUAAGUCCCAACUACAUCCGCUUCAUGGCCGGAGGGGACGAAACAAAUUUCGAAGGCGCGGUGGGAAAAGUUGCCUUCUUUCGUGCGAAUUGCCAUACCUGGACUUCCAGCCUUGAGUUCUUUGCACAGGAUGGUAAUAAGAUUGCGGCGAGACUGGUAUGUUCUCUUGGGAUGGGGGAUGAACUAGCUAAGAAGAUGGAAAUGAUGUUGAUGGCGGAGGUGGAUGAGGAGGGGAAGUAUGAGGCUGUGUGGGAGCAGAUUAGUCCGUGGGCUGGAGAGUGA